AUGAACUGUGGUGAAAACGAUCCGGUAGAAAUUGAUGCGAGGAUUCAGCGCGACGAGCCGGUGGGACAGGAGCAACAAGUAGUGUCUAUUAUUGCGGAAGGUGCGCUAGUGACGUGCGCAAGCAAGCAGCCGGUACGCAGCAACAACCACCAGUUCCUGCAACACCUUCAGCAGGAGUCGUUGGUGACAAACGAUAACGCCGGGGAAGAAGAGAACGAAUGGACAACGGUACACGCGAACGUCGUCGGUAGGAAUAACGCGGAUACGAUCGGAACACCACGCAUCAUCCCGCCCGAUGGCACUGGCACUGGCUACGACGAGAACACACAACACCAUAACCAACAAAACGAUGUCCCGACGGCGUACCUUCUAGCGGAUCAUCACGCCGGUAACGGAGAAUUCCCACGGACACGGACUGAGCCAGAAUCGAACGGGAACGGGACGGAACGGGAGCGCGAAGAAACUAUCCGCCAAAGCCAGAGGUUGACCAUGCGCGAUCCGCAGGAAUCUCACCACCGGUCGGCCCCGGCUCCCCUCGGUGAGGUCGAAUCUGGUGAGGACAGCGAUUGCGUCGUCGUACCGUCGACUGAAAGGAAGGUGGAACCGCUAAAAAUCAACCUGGUGCGCGACCGGGAACCAAUCCGCACGAUCAUCAAGCUGACACCGGGCGCGAGUUCUACGGCGGAUCACUUCCAGCAGUUGUCACCUACGAUACGCGACGUACCGGGUUCACCGAAGAUAACGAUAAAGCCGCCGAAACCGCCACAACCGUCGGUGGAGACGUGCCCGGCUGUGGCCGGAUCGUCCUCGGCGGCAGCGGCUUCGACGUCGUCGUGGGCUGAACAACACCUCACGGGUAACUGCGUGGUUUCCGCAUCCGGGAUGCCCUUGUACAGCAGCAUUCCAAAGCUUACCAUUAAGCCGGUCAUCAAUCCGGCGGAUGACGCGCCUGCAAAUGACGCCUCGGUGCCGGGGUUGGCGGCGGUGGCAAAUGAGCAAAUGCAUAUUAUUCCUAAGUUACUCAUAAAGGGUUCCUCGCUCGAUGCGAGCCACGGCCGCGAGGGAGCGAUGGAGCCCCACAUUGUGCCUAAGCUAACGAUACGUGGUGUUAAUAACCACAAUCAUCAUCAUCACUACCAGCAGCAGCAGCAGCAACAUCACUUUCCACAGAAUCAACCGGAGCUGCAGUCGUACUCCAACGACGGAACGGUGGCAUCGGACGAUGUACUGGAGGGAUUACCAUCUAACGCUUCGAUAGGCGGCAGGAGUGACGCAGGAACAGGAUCGCCUACGCCUCUAGUUCCUAAGCUAACGAUUAAAAUGGAUAAUCACCAUCCGCAUCAUCAUCAUCUGCAUCAUCACCCCAACAGCUUACGCGUGAAGGAUCCUCCGGAGGCUGGUGGUGAUGGUGUGGCACCAGGACAGAUCGUUGGGGUCCUUCCCAUACCGAAAUUGCACAUAAAAACCAUUCAGCAUGGUCAGGAUGGCGUGAGCACUAUCGCUUCCUCUCUGUCACCGGGUGGUCAAGGUAGCAACACUUCCGCCACCGGUUUGUCACCCGUGCUGACCAGCUCCGAGGGUGUGAAGCUAACGAUAAAGCCGCUUCCGGAACCACCGAAGCUGCCGAAAUUGACGAUCAAAACCACCGGGCUAGGCACUAUCGCGGAAACGAGCGACGCUGCGUUGGUGUCUUCAACGAGCAACAGCUUCUCUCCGAAGUUACUACCCUCCGUGGGUGGUGGUGGUGGCAGUGGAGAGGGUACAUCGGGAGAGAAAUUACCACCGCACCUGAUGGCCAUCGUUGCUGGGUCAUCCGGUCAGCAGCAGCAACCGGCAUCUCCAAGUGAUCAGCAUUCGAGCAUCAGCUCUAGCUCGAUUCCAAAGCUUACUAUAAAACCGCUGCCACCGAAAGGGACACCGGGACAGACAGAACAAAACCACGAACGCUUUGUGGAUCCCGGCAGCUUGUCGAAUGCCCCAGUUGAGUGUACGGUGGUACCGAAAUUGACGAUCAAACCGAUAUUGCCCCCAGCCAAGCAAUCCGCUUGCGGUGAGGACAGCAGCAGCUCCAGCGAGACCAGUAUUAACUCACUCGAAUCAUCGCCCGUUUCAUCCUCUUCGGUGUCGUCGGUGGCGGCAUCCGCGGCGGUGACGACCUCUCCGACGGCGGCUCUAAAGAUGACAAUCAAGGUACCUUCAUCUGCACCGCAGCAGCACUACGAAAACAGCCUCGCGGGGCUUUCCGCUGGAGGGUCGGCUUUGUCCGGAGUGCUGACUUCUUCUUCCCCGGCGGGUGUACCGGUUCCGGCUUCCACGGGUGUGCUAAGGCUGAACAUAAAGCCUAUCCUGAAACCGGUGGCUGGAGAGCAACAGCAGCAACAAUCGGACCCGAACCAGCAGGAAGAUGGCCACGAGCAUUUGCAAGGACACAAGGAUACGCUUACGACGACGUCGGAUGAAGGUGAUUCGACACCUCCUUCAAGCGAGGAAUCCCACAGACCAAUCGUAAUCCCGAAGGUGACCAUCAAGACGCUAGCCCAUCCGCGAGGCCAAGAAACGGAAAUCUUGUCCACGCCAAAAGUAACACUGAAGCCGAUACCGAAACCAUCUCUAGACGGUAUGUCCGGAGCGCCCGGAAGUCCCCUGGAGCGACAUCCACAGCAGCAACACCCAACCAUGGGCUCUCCAGGUCUGACCAAUAACAGCACCGGCCAUUCGUUGUCGAACAGCGGUGGACCAUCGGAUGUAUCGGAAUCUCCGAGAAUCAUUCUGAAGAUCAACAAGGGAUCCUCGUCAAUAAAGACGACUGGAUUAGAUCCGUCGGAAACGGCCGGUACGGAUAGUAGUGGGGCGUUACCAUUCGCCCAACCGUCCACCGGAUGUUCCAUCCUUGCGAACGAACUGAAACGACCUGCGCCCGAUGCCGCCACGGGUUCGUCCUCCUCAUCCUCUUCGGGCUCUUCAUCGUCGAUGUCGUCGUCGUGCGCUUCGUCGACGUCGGUGUCGGUGUCGGGUACCUCGUCGUCGGCCGGUUCCGACCCGGCGUCCCCGUCAUCCGGCGGUGGAGGAGACCAGGGUGAUCCGGGUUCGCCCGAGGCCAAGAAGAGCAAACUGGAUCUCACACAGAAAUCGCUGGCUCGUCAGAUGGGCGCGAUGGAUCAGCAUUCCAACAUCCUGCGCCAAUCGAUACUUCAGAUGCGACCCUCGGCAUCAGGCGCUCCCAUAGCUAACAAUGUCACCGACGUUAUUGUGAUAGACGACGACAGCAAGUCGGAGAACGAGGCACCAAAGGAAGGUGACAGUGGUAGUGGUUCUGCGAGGAUCUCUCGAAAGAUGCCACCAAACACGGUGCUUGAUCCACUGGCCGUGAACGAUCUGCAGCAUCAGUUGUAUCCGGCCACGGGACAUGUUGGGAGUGGUACUCCGGGUACGAAAUCGCGACGUACUCGGGGAUCUGCCCGAGGUGCCAGCGGAAGUCGCCAAUCUCGAAGAGGUGCUGGACGUGGAGCUGCUUCGACGAACGUGAAACAACAGAUCGCUGCCAAUUCGGUGGUGAUGCCUCAUUUACUGGGACUGCUCGAACAGGAUGAUCAUGAAGAUGGUUCCAGUUCGGAUUGCAUGAUUGUUGAUGAACCUGCGGCAACAACCACGAAAGGCGGUGGAGCAUCGUCAAGUUCCGCGGUCCAUGGCAACCUGACACUGGAGAAUCUCCUGCGAGGAGGCUCGAAAGUUGCACCCUCACCUGUGGCAUCAUCCGGCACGGGGAGUAGCAAUUUCUACGGCGUUUCGACGACUGGUCCCGGUGGACCCGGUAGCAGUGAGGUGGACAAAAACGGUACAGCCAGUAACAGCUCGAUCGGGAGCAUUACAAGCUCGAUUAGUGGGUCGAUACCGCCGGCUGCUUCGACACCGGUUCCGAGUGGUCAUCGGACACCGACCGCCGGAGUGAGGAUGAGUACACGACGUGCCGCCGGACAGUUGCUGAAGGAGGUGCUAGCGAGCAAACACCAGGAUCGAGAUUCCGGUGUUGAUGAGGCCCGAACGGAUGGAGAAGGUGCGACUCCUUCGAAGCGACCCCGUGGCCGGCCUAAGAAACAGUCGGUCGAUCUGACGAUGGAAACGAACGGUGGUGGAAGCAGUAGUUCGGUGGACGGAACUUCGGAUGCUGUCAGCAAUGACAUGCUGUUGGCUAUGGCGGUGAUGGGUAUGGAAGGUGGCUCUUCGCUGCUUUCCCGACCCGAAGGAGGCAGAGGGCUGCUAGGACCACACCUGAUGAUGGACGGUAUCAUGCCACUUCCGAGUUCACCGACCGGGCGUACACCGAGGACGAGAGGUCGUGGACGAGGCAGAGGACGAGCAGGAAAGUUAGCCCGUGGCGCGGAGUCAGCAGCAGGAGAAAGCGCAGGAGCAGAAGAUGAUGACGUUUUCGGUGAAAGUCCCACGAAAUUCACACUGCCCGACGAAUCGGGUGCCGGAGGAAAUCCAGAUCCCUUAUUCAUUGGCGCUCCCAACAGUAACGAUCCCAAUGCCACCACGGACCUGUCAAACUUCCAUCUGCUGUUCAAUCACGUGCGAACGCCACGUGGUGGUGCUGGUGGACGAACACGUGGAGGUAGACGAGGCGCAAGAACAUCCAGGACACCGCGCGGUACAGGUAGGGGAGCAGGAAAAGCGGCAAUUGCAGCGGCAUUGCUGGCUGCGUCCGAGUCGAUGGAACCAGGCAUGGUUGGUUCCUUCUCAGAGCUAGCAUCACCGGUGGCGGGUAUAAACCAGCUGCUUGAUCCCCUGCUGCAGCAACAACAGCAGCUGCUUUCAUCGGUCACACCUGGAAUCUCACCAAAGGCGAGAGGCCGUGGACGUGGAUCUAGGGGUGUCGGAACGGGAACGUCACCGAACAAACGGAGAUCGACGAGAGGAGCUGGCCCUAAAUCGGCCCGAGCACGAAAGAUGGCGGCAGCACUCGAGCAACUUCAGCAACUCCAGAGUCCUGCGAUGUCGGGUGUCGUAGGAGAGCUACCGCCGAGUGGUGGCACUGUUCCGGUGGAAGGACAAACAAACAAUGCCAUCUUCAUGACGCCAAUGGCGGGAGGCUUGGAUAUUAACCGACCGAAGCUACACGUGCGCGAGCUGAAAACACCGAAAAAUGCAAUUAAAUCAAACACACCACCAUCCAGCGCCCAGGCCACACCGUCCGGCGGCACCACACCAUUGGGUACGCCGGGAGCGACGACCCCGGGCGGGGCCAGUAAUGCCAGCGGUUUGCAGGUGUUCGAAGAGGAUACCCGCAUGAGCGGGGACUUCAACUUCACGACCCCGGUGCGGUUGAUAAGCAGCGGAGACGGAUGUCUGUUACAGCAAAACGAAGAAUCCCAAAGUUCGUACCUGAGUAGUACCAGCGUUACGCAGGAUGCUACCAACCUUUCCGUUGCCAACGCGUCCAUAGGACAGGUGGAUCUGUUGCUGGGUGCACCGGGUGCGGUGGCCGAUGGAACAGCCGUGGUAACGGCAGCGGGAACCGCACCGUCAGAAGCGCAAAAGGAUGCCCUCGCGGCGGCAACGUCUGCUAGUAACAGCAAUAGCAGCAGUCGAAAGAACAAGGGCAAGAUGGAGGUGCUCGAUUCUCACCGGGCUCGGUUCACUGUGGAUCUACUAGCGGAGUAUGAAUGGCCACCGCCAGCUCCGGGCACAAAGGGAGCCGACACGUUCAUGAUUCAGGAGCAGAUCGCGGAGUUUCUGGGCGUGAAAAGUUUCAAACGCAAGUACCCGGACCUGAUGCGGCGGCCAGUAGACAUGGAGGAGCGUAACUUCAUCCUAGAGAAGGGACUUGCGUCGGAGAAGAUGUGUGAUCUCGGGCUGACGGCCGUCUUCGCGUCCGAGAUACUGGACAUAAUGUGCACCGACUAUCCGGAGAAGUAUGAGGAGUACACGCGGUACACGCACGAGAAGCACUUCCGCGAGCUGAGCAACCGGCAACGGCAGCAGCAGGAAGCCAUAAGUGCGGUGGCUGCUGUUCCAAUUGACCGGGCGCAGCUGCAGAAGGACAAAGCCAUCGAAUCGGCGGCCAACUGGAAUUGUAGCUUCAACAAAGAACGGCGGGAUUCCAGACGCGCUUGCAUGGAUCUGCAAACCUACGUGGUGCAGGUACCCAAACGACAGACAACGGCACGUCCAGAUGAACAACAGCAGCCCGUUGUGAAACAGCAAUCUUCAAAUUACCCAGUAGCCCUGGUACCUGGGCAGUUCAGCGAAUAUUACACCACCUACACACCGGAAGAGUUGGCCUGCUAUCCCAUCAAUACGAUCUUGCUGGAUCCGAAGCAACUGCAGGAAAUCGUAUCGUCUGAGCGCUAUCAAAAGCUGCUAGCAGCAGAAGAAGCGCGCCUGCUCGAGGCUGAUAGCAGCAGUGGCAGCAGCAGUAGCAGUGAUAGUGAUAGCGACGACAGCAGUAGUGACGACUCUGAUAGUAGCAAUAGCAGCAGUGAUGACGACGACGCUGAUGGACGAAGCAGUAUUACGUCCUGCAGUGGCCCAUCUGAUGGUGGAGCUUCUUCCAGCGACAGUGAAGGUGAAGCUAGUGGGAAACAGAAAUCGACGAUACGUCGUCGUCGCCGCAAUCGGAGGGAAACCACGAAUAGGGAGCUCAUCACCGACGGUAAACCGGGUGCCGUUCCAUUACCAUCUGCUAGUACGGUUGUGAUCGGUCCCGUGCGGAGGUCAAGCCGAACAAUGAGUGCCGGUGUGUCGACCCUUACGGCGAUGGUGGAGUGCAAGGAGCUUACCGAUUCGGAUGAUUCCGACGUGCCGUUGAUUGCCCACGCCGUGAAAAAGAAACAGAACCUCAGCUUAGCCACUUCACCUGCGACCGCUACCGGACCCUCGGCAGGAGGUGGUAAAAGGAUGCAGGAAUCGGUAACACCCCCCAUCAAGCGGCCUCCGUUGAAUCCAUUCAUGUGCGCCGUUUGUCUCAAUCCGGAGAACAAGAAUAAGUACAACAAACCGGAAUUGUUUGUGCGUUGUAACCGUUGCCGACGGAAAGCCCAUCCGUCUUGUAUCGGUAUGUCGUCGGUGAUGUAUCGGCGCGUGCAGCAGUACAAGUGGCAGUGUUCGGAGUGUAAAAUAUGUAUGAAAUGCAAACGGAAACCGUCCGCCAUCGACAGCAAAAUGGUGUACUGCGAUCAAUGCGAUCGUGGUUACCAUCUGGCUUGCAAGGGCCUCCGCAAUCUCCCAGAAGGUCGGUGGCAUUGCUGUAUCUGCACCAUUUGUGGCAUGUGCGGUGCUCAAACACCGGAAGGGCAUCCGAAUCCGAAUCUUUCCGCGCAACAGCAACAGCAGCUAGCAAUGGUUGCUGAGUGGACGCAUGAGUACGGGCUAAACGAGCUGACGAAGAUACGAGAACAUUUGCGGACGCUCUGUGUCCCUUGCGUACGGGAACGAAGGCAGCAACAUCAACUGCAGCCAGCCACCGCACAACCUAUCACGGUACUGUCCAGCAAUAGUGAAAAUAUUGCAACACUUAACAACAACAAUGCCGACUACAGGAAACCACCGGCAGUCCAAGGUAUGGGAAUGGGUGCGAUUGGUUCCACUAGUGGUGUGAUUUCUAUGAAACCACAAUCGUCGCUGCCACUCGUUGGCGGUUCCGUCAUCAAACAGUAA